AUGCAAGCGCUGCCCAGUGAUCUUCUUAAAGCUGAAUUUUUGAUGAAAGGUGCAAGAGUUGGGCAAAAGGAUAAGCGAGUGGCUGGUAGUUUCGAGAUAUUGGACGAGUAUCCGGAUACGAGUGAUUCUCUUGACGGGUCCCCGAGCAGAAAGUUCUAUUCUGCGGUGUUCAAAGAGCAUAAAGUCCUCUCCGAGCACGUUCCAGACAACAUUCAUGUCCAUGCGUUCGCGAACAGGUUGAAUGUUCUGCACGUUCUUAUAAUUGGACCUGUCGGAACUCCUUUUGACACCACUCCUUUCUUCUUUAAAUUCAAAUUACCUGCUGAUUAUCCACAAAAACCGCCUGAG